AUGUCCAAUUAUAUUGACCAAAUCAUUACAUUAUCUAAAUAUAUUGUUAAAAACGUGCAAGAAAAUGAUGCUACAUUUAUACAAUUCUUCGGAGAUCCAAAAUAUCACCCAAAUGUUAUGAGUAUGUCUCUUUACUCUUCUUCUCUAUCUCCAUAGGACUAAUUGGUCUAUAACCUGUAGAGGUCUUCUCUCGCCUGGUGGAUAUUAAACGCACAACCCUUUUUGAGAGGACUGAGUUGCAUAUUGUCGCGUACCCGAAGGCAACAGAAGAAGGAGGCGAGAUCCCUACAGGAACAAGUCCAGAUGGAAUUUCUGUCCAAUCAUGGGCAACGUACAAUGGCUUCAAAGAUCCGCCGACCAUAACGUUAUAUCCAUAUUUUGCGAAUCUUUAUGAUGUUUUCGACGGAAACCCCGCUAAGACAUUUAAAGGCCAACUCCAAGAAUUCAAAUAUUCAAAACAGUUUAUUCUUCUACAUGAGUUGAUGCAUUUUGUUGGGGAUGUAGAUAUAGGGUAUCCGCGUGUACUACCCAAGACGGCUUUUUGGGACUCUUUAUGGAGCAAAAGUACGUUUGACUCUGUUCACUUCUUUACACUAGGACACGGAAAGUGAAGAUUGACAUUUAUGAUAGUUUAUGAAGGUCCAUUUGACGGGGGACAGAUCAUAGACGUUGACCUUGCAUCUGCGGCAGGUAGAGGGGAAAAGGUAGAUUAAUCCUGUUUGUUUUGUAUCUCUUGUAUUAGGGCUAAUCAACCCCUAGAAAUGGCUUUCUGAACAUAUGGACAACAUGGAUAAGGAGAAGUUGGAAGCAGCUUCAGUCUACGGCGAGAGAAAUACUCUCCUUCUACCCCAGCUAAAAUAUGGCUCAAAGUAUGCGAUUCAUAAUUCUGAAAACUAUGCAUUGUUUGUUUGGGGUAAGCAAAACACGAGCCCCAUUCUCUCCUGCACCUUUUUUAGUAAUAUGAAUACUAACAUGAAAACACUAAGCAUUAUUAAUCAAUUGGAAUUCUAACGAGGUCUACGUGCCCGAGAGAGGGAAUGCAGCCUUUUGGUAUAAAACCGCAGUGAAAAGGGACCCAUUUGAAGAUUUACCGCCGCCAUUUAGUGCCCAGGGAGAGACCAAGUACGACGUCUUCUGGCUUCGUUCUGGGAGGAAAAAGUGGCUGGCCGGAAGGCUCGGAAGGGAGUCGUAG